CUUUAAUCAGGAUAUCGAGAUUGAGAAACUGGAAAACGAAAGUGAAGAAGGGAUGAAUUUAGUUGAGCCCUUUAGCUUUACCGAUGCCCAAAAACCUGGAUCCGUUUGUCAAUACGUUGACAUCAAAGAGUUGCUCGAGGCUCACGCGGGAAGCUUGGAGUUAGAUACGUCGAAUGGUGUAAGUAAUGCCGGUGAAUUGGCCUUCAAAGAAGCUGAAAGUGUUAAAGACUCGUCUUUUCACACUGUCACUAACGCUAGUAUGGUAGCUGAAAUCGAGAGGGAAAAUGAUUCUAUUUCUCUCUUAAACGAAGAGUCUUUAUUAGAAAAACCGAUAAGUGAGAGAGAGAAAGAGCAGCUCGAGAAAAUACAGUGUAUACGAGUAAUUUAUCUGCAGCUUCUCCACAAGUUGGGAUAUUCUCCGGAAGAUUCCGUAGCUUCAAAGAUUCUACACCGCCUAAGUACUGCCGAAGCAAAGCUAUCAUCACAACCAUUCCAUCUCGAUUCCGCCGUAAAAGAAGCCAUCAAGGAGAAGGGCGAUUUGGACAUUUCACUCUGCAUCCUCGUUAUAGGCAAAACCGGAGUCGGAAAAAGCGCAACUAUAAAUACCCUUUUCGGAGAAACGAAGACUGCAGUCAAUGCGUUCGAGCCUUCCACGAAUCGUGUGAAAGAAAUUAUCGGUACAAUAAAUGGAGUCAAAGUGAAAGUCUUCGAUACUCCUGGACUCGGAACUUCUUCGAUGGAAGACCAGUCCAUUAACCGAAGAGUUUUGUCUUCGAUUAAGAAGGUGAUGAAGAAAACCCCACCCGAUGUUAUUCUAUUCGUCGACCGAUUAGACACGCAAACCGAUAAUAACCUAAACGAUUUGCAUGUAAUGAAAUCAGUCGCUUCUUGUCUGGGCUCUUCAAUGCGGCAAAAAUCUAUCCUUGUUUUGACACACGGGAAUUCGAUAUUUUUUUCAGAUGGGCUCGACGAGGCACUUGUUGCUGCUCAGAAAUUACGGGUUUUUCAAGAGCUUAUUAGGCAUUCAUCUAUGGAGAUUAAUCGUGGACCGUUGAUUCCGGUAUGUGUAGUUGAAAACCAUUCGUGUAGAGAAAGUUGGAGAUUGGAGCUUCUGCUUUUGUGCUGCUCGAUCAAGACUUUGUCGGAAUCAAGUUCUUCGAUUAUUGCGAUUGAGAAUAGUCUCUUUGACAAUAGGGAGAAGCUCUUCGGUUUACAGUCAACUUUAUCGUACUUGUUGUCCGUCUUAUUACAACCCAGUUUUCACAGGAAACAACGCUGUAACGAUGCCUCAGAUCUCGAUCUUGAAUUUCCGUCUCUUUCCGACAUCGAAGAAGGCAUCGAGGGUAAUGACGAUAAUACCCCUCCGUUAAAGCCCAUGAAGAAGAAAUCACAAAUUGUUAAUCUGAGCAUGGGACAAAGACGAGGGUACUUUGAGGAGUUUAAUUCGCGGGCGCCAGUCAAAUAUGAAAUCGAAGCUGCAAAUCGUUUUUCGCCGGAGAUUACAGCUCAGCUUAACGAUGAUAAGCAAGAACUGAAUAUCAAGUUGCAUUCGCGGGUCCCACUUGGGCUGACUGUUGUGAGACACGGGGGCGAAAUGUAUGCGUGCAAAUUGGAGUCUCGAUUUCCGGUCGGUGGAAAAUCGAGUGUGAACGCAGGUUUUGGUAUGAACAGCAGGCUGACCGGACAGAUUUGUAUCAAGGCAAGAGAUUCCGAUCAGCUUCAGAUUGCUGCCCUGGCUGUUUUUCUUCCGGUCGCCGGAGCUGUUUUCAGGGGAAUAUUCCGGCGAUCAGACGAGGAUAAUUGAAGUUCAAGAAAAGAUUUAAGAAAAAAAAAAAAAACCAGUUGUUUUGUUAAUAUAUAUAUGUUAUUUGUUGAUUUUUGAAUGUAGUUGUUGCUGUUUAUGUAAUGAAAUGAAAACUGACAACCUCGGACUGGGUUUUUUGUUCAUGAAUGAUUGAAUUCUUGAAUUUUC